AUGGCAUUGUUUUGCAGAAUAUGGCCAAGAAUGAAGGAAGCUUUAUUUUUCCUCGCGCAACUGAAAGAAGUUGAUUUGCUUGUCAUGUCUUGGAAUACGAAAAUAGAAAACGAUUGCUCAAAGCUUAUUUCUGGUAGAAAGAUGGUAAAUAUUUCCCGGGAUGGCAGUCCUUGACAAUGCGCCCAGUUUCCCAAGAUAUUGGUCGGGCGACGGAUCGCCAUACUCUUUGGGAAGCAGCCCCGAGCGGAUCUGCUGGAAGCCGCUGGGGAAAUGGAGCUGGAGAUGUCAUGCUGGGACGAAACCUGAACGGUCCAGCGCCUGCUGGAGAUGAGUGCAAAAUUCACGUCGUCCUGGGGAGCUUUUUGUAG